AUGGCACUUCCAAUUGUUCUCCAGCAGAUUGCUCAGGAGAUGAACAUAAACGAACUGCCGCCUGAAAUUCUGGUGAAUAUCAUCAGAAACGCUUUUGAAAUCGACCCAGCAAAAGGAAAUCAGUUAGAGAAAGUUUGCUGGCUCUGGAAGGAUGUGAUUGAUUCUCAUGAGUUGUGGAAGGAAAUUGCAGAAAGUCACCUGGAGAACUCAGAAGUCUGGAAAACAUUUCUCAACUCACAUGUCGUCGAAAACAUGAUCGAAAAAGGCAAGGAGCAUCCAAAGAUGGAGCGAAAUUCCCAGUACAAGGAGGCACUACGAUACACGAUUGAAAUUGAGAAGGCAAUGAGAAACAUGCGAUUCUAG